AUGCUUUUCUGGCAUGAAGGUCUCGCAAAACGUGGAGCUAAUGAGAUAGGGACAUGCGUCUACAAGUUUCUGGAAGAACUUAGUCACAAACAACCUGAUAAAGACAUCAUAUUAUAUUCUGAUAAUUGCUGUGGGCAGCAGAAGAAUAAAUUCGUUUUCGGAAUGUAUUAUUAUGCUGUUAAUACAUUGCCCAUCAAAUCAAUUACUCACAAAUUCCUCAUUAGAGGACAUACUCAGAAUAAAGCUGACUCUGUUCAUUCCGUCAUUGAGAAGAACAUUAAACGGGCCAAGAAAGCAGGUCCUAUAUACUCUCCAGUCGAAUAUAUAAGUCUCAUCAGAAACGCAAAAAAAAGCGGCGACAAAUUUAUAGUCAAAGAAAUGAACUUCGAUUUAUUUUUUGAUUUAAAGCUGUUAGCUGAUGAAGUCAACUUGAAUCUUAACAAAGAUAUUGAGAGAAAUAAUGUCAAAUUAUCCGAAAUGAAAGCCAUAAAGUUCACAAAAAGGUAA